CAACGACUAAAAUUUAGUCGCGGAUGUGUUCAAAUUUUUCUGGGAAAUAUUUCAUAUUGGUGCCUAAAUUUUUCCCCAAAUCUAUUACUUCUUCACACGGUUCUGUCUCUCUCUUGCUGUCCCUCUGUCUCUCGCUCAGCCGCUUGUCGAGGCUCAGAUACCGUUCAAGAUCCACAUCGUGAAGGACCACGACAUGAAGGAGAGGCUGUGCUUGGAAGUCGAGAGGCUAGGGUUGAGUGCAGUGAUUAUGGGGAGCCGAGGGUUUGGUGCGAUCAAGAGAGGUAACAAUGGAAGGCUCGGGAGUGUUAGCAAUUACUGUGUUCGUCACUGUGUUUGUCCUAUGGUGGUUGUGAGGUAUCCGGAUGUGAAGGAUGGUGGUAAUGCGCCUCAAGUGUCUGUGGCGUCUACGGCGGAGGAUGAGGACGAUACGGAGUUCCAUGAUGCCUCGGAUGAUCGCAAAGGGCACUAUGUUCCCCAGCUUGCAGAACAAAUUUUGCACAAUAAUAAGAAUGCUCCAAAGGAUGACUAUAUAAACCUCAAAGGUUUUAUUAGAAGAGCGUUCUUUGGAAUGGGGAAUUCGUCUCUGAGUGAAGUCGAUGCUGUGUAGACACGUACAUAGAGUUGCUGACCGAGGUACUGUCUUGCCCAAAACUCUAAUCUCAGAUUCCACAUUCCCACAUUAUCAAGUGCUACAUAAAUGGCA